AGAGGAAGACAGGACAAAGGGCACACUGUGUAAGAGAGUUGGAGAUUAAUAAUAGCUAAUGACUAAAUGCGGAGGUGUACGUAGAGAGAAGGAGAAAAUAAGGGGAGAACAGGUUUAACAGGCUGUGAUGUGAUGACCAUGAUCAGCAAUGGUACGUGUUUCCUCCUGCCAGUCGUUCUUCCUCAUUUGCCCAAGAAUCCUGUUUGAUCUGUUUGGAUGGACCCCCCUUCAUAUGAGGAGGCCAGUCGCCAACCUCCUGCUCUGCCCAUUGCAGCUUUUAACGCCCCCCCGCCCGCCUAUGACGCCUCUCUCUCAUCCCCACCGACACCUCCACCUGCCUACAGAGAAGCAGUUACAGUUCAGCCAGAUCCUUUUCCUGUCCUGUCUGUGCCAACUGCCGUGUCCUCGCCUCCCCACCAAAGCACUGGAGUCAUAGUCCAUCCCAUUACUCAAAUUAAUCCGCAUGCUUCUCAUGCUCGCGCUGCAGCUUCUGCUCCAGCUGCUGCGUCCUCGCGUUCCCGACAAGCCGGUGCCGCACCGCGGGUCAACAGCAGACAAACUCAGCCGAUAGCAGUAGUGAGCCAGCCGCAGCCUGUUCCCAUAGCGGUGGAAUAUCUGAGAGGCGCCCCUGGUUUGGUACGCUGCCCACACUGCAGUCAUCUUGUAACCAGUAAAGUCACACAUGUACCUGGGACAGCUGCUUGGUGCUGGUGUGUCAUUCUUGCAAUGGCGGGGCUCAUCUGCGGUUUCUGUCUCAUUCCAUUAAUGGUACGGGGAAUGCAAGACACACAUCACUCCUGCCCACAGUGUGGAAACCCUCUGCACGUGCACAAAAGAUGACCCUGUGAGGAUUAAUUAACCUUACACAUCGAAGUGUGGACAAAUGAACUAAUGAACUUGUGAUGCUAGUGUGACAUCUAUGGCAAACGAAUACUUUACACAGAUGAUGGCUGAGGAGAGGCCCGGAGUCAUGUGGAGACUUUUGUACAAACUCUCCCAGACUGUUACAGAGGACCUCCAGGUCACCACACACACUACCACAGCUGGUAGCUGUACUGAGACAUUUUUCCUUUUUUUUCACACUUUAAGGCUCACAAGCAGAAAAGCAUUUCUAGGACGUAAAUAUGAAAAAGAAAUUACACAAAAACACUUUUCGCACUUUCUAAUUUUGUACAAAUGUAUUACAGUGUGAGUUCAUUAUGAUUAAAUGACACACAGCAAUAACACUUUACACUCCCCUAAAGACAGUGCAGCACAGUCCUUCUUCAUUGCAGACAAUGGGAUGAGACAGUUUAAUGCAGCCAUGUUUAACCACAUUUGUCCAAAUUCUAACAUGAAAAGAGUUUUACAGCUCUGCACUAAAUUCUUUUAUCAUUGAUAAUUAAGCUUUCAUUGCUUUUUAAUCAAACUGACUGAUUUCUAUAUCUGAAAACGAAAAAAAAAACCAACUUUGAUGUUUUUCAGCUUUACUGCAGGUACAACUGAAGUUUUUAAAGUACCUUUAACUGCCUAACUGCACUAUUUUACUCUUAGUGAUAGUUAGAAAAAAGGUUAUGUGGUUUAAAUUAUUAUAUUUAUUACAUCUGUUAUUAUUUCAUGUGAGAAUGGUGACCUAACUCUGCUGCACUGCUUUCUAAGCAGCUGUAAUUAGUCAGUGGGACUGACUCAUUCUGUCGUGUGGCCAAAUGCCAGCCACUCCUGAUUGAAACCUGUUCCUGAACUGAUUUACAGGACUUCUAUUUACUUAGCAACAUAUAAAAGGUUUGUUUACACCAGCAAUGUUUACUCUCUGACAAGCAGACCCAUAAAUGUUUAGCUUUACAAAUAUGUUAUGUGAUCAAAAAAAAUCAUAAAUAAAUAAAUAGAAAUCCUUAAAAUGCCUUAAUGGUUGUGAUGCGUUGGAAAUCUAUCACAUAGAAAUGGUCCAAAGAAAGUACACCCUCUUCAAAUUCCAAGUAUUUACAUAUCAGGAGAUAAUAAAAAUUUUGAAAAAAUGUUGGUCUUUAGCAGGUCUUGAAGUUGAAGACUUGAUAGAUGAUAAAUCAAUGAGAUAUUACCCUCUGUCAUCAUUUAAUUAGCAAAAAAUAAGCCAAAAUGCAGAAGCAGUGUGUGAAAAACUAAGUACAACAUUAGUGUUUCUAUAGAAACUUGGAUUGCACUUGAUUAACUGAUGACCGCGGGUGAGCACCUCUAUAAAAGCAGAGGUUUUUGGUGUUUGCUACUCUGAAGCAAUCAGGUGUGUGUUAGCACACAACAAAGAUGACAGACAGUGAUCUUAGAGAAACAGUUUUUAUUUUCCAUCAAUCUGGAAAGGGUCGCAAGGUCAUUUACCAACAAUUUAAAGUCCUUCAUUUUACAGCGAGGUAGAAAACAUUCAAGACAGCUGCCAGUCAUCCCAGGAAUGAACAUCCCAGCAAAUUCACCCCAACAUACAGAAGAUCCAAUAAUCAGAGAAACUGCAAGAGCUGCAUCUCAUACUCUACAGGCCUUGGUUAAAUGUUACACUCCAUGGGAGUACAAUUAGAAAAAGACUGAUCAAGUAUGACUUGUAAACCUGUAGAGUGGAGUGGAAUAAAAUUCCUCCACAAUGGAGAAAGGGAAAGUGAUACAGAAAGUGAUUACUUUUAAUACAGGGAGUGCAGAAUUAUUAGGCAAGUUGUAUUUUUGAGGAAUA